AUGAGCUCGAUACCGAACGAGAGCUCGGUACCCGAGACGAGCGAAAGUAGUAGAGAGGGCAACAGGCAUGAGGUUGGGAAUGUUGAAGUGAUACGGGACUUGGACGAGGGGGAGCUCGAGGUGAAUGGGGGUGUUCCGGAAUCGAUGACGAACACAACUACUUCAAGAGUUCUGGAAUACCUGCAGGAGGCUAGGGAAGAGGGAAAUGGCACGGCUUUUAAGGGAUUUAAGCAAGCGAAAAAACCAACAGAUAACGAACAUCCAGAUCUCUCGGACUCAAUAAACGGCGAGACCAGCCCUGGUGGUUCUCUUUCUGCCCCCGACGAUACUCCUUCAAUACAAGGGUCAGUGGCGUCUUCACGCGGGAGUAGCGUUUUGGGAUCUCGAUUUUCACCUGCUCCGUCUCUACGGCCUUUUGACAGACGAUUUCAGUCGCGGUUACAGCCUGCCUCACCCAUAGGGUCGCCAUCACCACGAGCUCUUUCACCCUCCCUCCUUGGACCGCAUUCGAGGUCAUCUUCAAUAGGAGAUAUCAGUUUCGGCGAGGCAGAAGAACAGUCAGCGCCUUGGGAUGUUGUUCGGUGGACCAAACUCAAGAAAAUAAAAAACCAAGUGUUUUCUGAGGGAGGGAGGCGUAAUUUUGGUACCCCUACAUGCAUCAUUGCCUCUGCGACAAUUGCGCUGGGAACCUCCAGGGGCAUCGUUUUAGUUUUCGACUACAACCAGAGUCUUCAAGGAAUAAUAGGGCCCGGUACAAAAGCUGUCGAGCAUGGAGCAAUAUCAGCUCUGGCCGUUUCUGCCGACCAUACCACCAUCGCAGGAGGUCACGAUUCGGGGCACAUUUUCACUUGGGAGUUGAACAAACCUAGCCAGCCAUUUCUCCAUAUACCCCCUCUCCCUUUAGAUCAGGUUGAGGGUCGAAAAACGGAUGGUCACGUUGAAGGGGUUUCAGUAAUUCAUCUUGGGUUUCUUGGCACUAGACAUACGGCAUUGGUUUCUGGCGACGAUAGAGGGAUGGCAUUCUCACAUUUGGCGACUAGAGGGUUAGGCGCAGUUAGGAGGGUAGUAAAAACUACGCGUGUUCUAGGGCGAUAUCCAUUUGACGUUAAUCCGUCGCUCCGACCUCGCAAGCCUAGUUCGGUACUUGGGUUCUCAGUUCUCCCAUUGGGGAACUUCCAACAAGCGACAGACACUCUUGGACUUGUGGCCCUGUUGACUCCUAACCUCUUAGUCAUUGUUUCAACUACUCCGAUUGCACAAACACAAUAUAAAGCUGCUAAACCCAAAGAGGUCGCAGCUUACUCAGCAUUAUCAGGGUGCUUGGCCUGGUAUCCUUUUAUGAAGGCGAGGCAAGCGGCUAAUGGAUCGAAAUCAUGUUUGAAUGCGAGAUUAGUGUAUGCUUGGUCGAACAUUUUGACUUUGUUAGAGCUUUCAGUUAUUGAGACCGAGGACAAUGACCCCACCCGCCCACCCGUUUUGGACUUCCGGCCUAAGAGUCGUUUCCGAUGCGAUGAAGCAAUUGUUGCUGUACAGUGGAUCAAUCGUCAGAUAAUUGGUGUUUUAACAAUUACUCAGAGGUUGAUAAUUCUUGAGGAUACUUCACUGAGAGCGACCGAAACGUUCGAUCUGAUGCCGAAGCAGAUCUUGCAUCUUGACAUGUUCUCAGGGCAGCUGCAUUCUCUGAUCGACCACCUUGAUGACGAAGGAUCAUCCCAUCCACAUGUGGCAGAUGCCUUUUACAACAGCUUCAAGGCCUAUAAAGGAAGGAUGUUUCUUUUAUGUCAAUACGAAGUUUUGGUUGGCGCAUUGUCCAAUUGGGCCGAUAGAUUGCUGGCUAUGAUGGAGGUUGGAGACUUUAUUGGAGCAAUACACCUUGCUACGGCAUAUUACGUUGGGGAGACCAACAAGUUGACCAUCGGGCUUCCUGAAGAUGCAGAAUUACGGCAUCCAAUUGUAAGGGAAAGACUAUUGGAGAUGAUGUCUGCGUCUCUUAGGUACGCCUUUGGGAAAAAUCAAAAGUCUACUCAAAAGGAAGUGUUGGAGCGUGAACAAUUGCAGGAUUUAGCAACAGCGUGUUUCAACGCUUGCCUAGGUGUGGGUGCGACGGACUUUCUAUUUGUUGAGGCUUUUGAGCACUUCGAACAAGGGUCUGUUGAAGGCAUUUUCCUUGAGACACUAGAGCCGCAUAUAUUGGAAGGGAGGAUUCGAUCUGUGCCACCGACAGUUGUCAAAUCGCUCAUCGCACACUACACUUCCCGCGAGUUCGACAGUCGGUUGGAGGAGAUAAUUUGUCAUAUGGAUACAAGAACGUUGGACAUUGACCAAGUAACGACUCUAUGCAAGCAACAUAAUCUUUACGACGCGAUGAUCUACGUUUGGAACCGAGCGCUCGGCGAUUAUAUUACCCCCAUGAUAGAUUUGCUAUCCCUCUUAAUCCCUCCACCUCAAAACGGAGUUGAGGAGAGCGAGAGCUCUAUGCAUGCUGUAAAUGCUCUGAAGGUGUUCCCUUACCUGUCCUACACUCUUACAGGCCGUGUAUACCCUACGGGUGAGGAUCUCUCGGAACCGGACGCGUCAAAUGCAAAGGCUGCACUCUAUUACUUUCUGUUUUUGGGGAGGACAAUAACAUGGCCUAAGCAGGGUGGCAAACCGUUCUAUACAGGUCUUGUACCAAAAUCGGAGCCUUCCUUUCCCUAUCUCCGACUUAUCCUCAAAUUCGAUGCGCCUAGUUUUCUAAGUGCUUUGAAUGAAGCAUUCGAGAACCCGUUUUUGAACGGUGCAGCAGAUUCUGAAGACGCAACGUUCAGGCAAGAUGUCUCCGAGGAGCAAGCCUUUUGCCAAUCGUCUAUGAAUCGGCAGUAUAUUGUCAGCAUUCUUCUGGAAGUUAUGGGUUCCACCGACUUUCCACCCCAGGACACAAUUUAUCUGGACAUGCUUAUCGCAAGGAACAUUCCAAAGUACCCUCAGUUUAUACUACUUUCGGGGAGCGCUUUGCAUCGUGUGAUCGUUGGGCUUUGCAAUUGUCCCGGCGAAGAUAUUGCUGAUGACUGCCAGUUAAGCAUUGAAUAUUUGCUCACCGUUUACCGCCCUCCCGAUAUCGAUGUUCUAGUCGAACUCUUUACAAAUGCUAAGUUCUUCCGAGUCCUCAAGUCGAUAUUCCGAUCCGAGAAACAAUAUGCUAGGCUUACAAAAACAUACUUUGAGGACGGAGAGUCACAGGAUGCUGUUUUUGAUUGUAUCUGGGAUUACCUGCGACCAGGUAGCAUUUUGAACGAAAAACAAACAAAGGAAGUUCGCCGUGUUAUCGAACAACACGCACGACAGCUGAUGGGCAUAGAUUGUGCUCGGACGGCUACCAUCAUCAAUACUUCCCUAUAUCUUCGGACAAUCCUCGAACCUUCAGAUACCAAGGAAGGAAAUAAUUUCAAGCGACCAGCGGUGACACAAAACGUGUCAUUUGUAGAACUUUAUAUCCGACUUAUGUGUGAAUUUGAACCCGAUCAUGUUAAUACCUACGUUGGCGGUCUUCAAUCUGGAGACCUUCGAUUGGAUAAGGUAUUGCCGGCAAUGGAGAGCAGUGGGGUUAUGGAUGCCGCCGUCAUGUUAAUGGCUCGUGAAGGGGAGAUACGAAAAGCCAUGGAUAGGCUCAUAGUGCACUUAGGGACUCUGGAAAUAGCCCUAGAAAGCCUACUUGUUGCGGCCGCAAACGCGCAUGGCUCACAAUCAAACAAUGAGGCAAUUUCUGGGAGCUUGCGUUCAUUACAGAAGUAUGCGCAAGUAGGUGUUUGGCUUUGCCAAGGCCAGAUGAAAACUGGGAAACGACUACUCAAGACCAUCAGAUCAAAACACAGAUCCAACAACGAGCCGCUCAACGAAGAGGAGCUGCUCUGGCUGGAUUUCGUAGAUACCGUUGCGCGUAUAGCGAGGAACUGCAUAUCCAUCCAGGGAGGGCCACCUGCGGGCAGCCGCACACCUAAAGAGGCAAAUGAAACAUUGAAUGAAAAAGAUGUCAUAGAGAUUGAUAGCGAAAAAGUGGCCGUCUCGCUCCGAAUGUUUGUCCAGACGGUAUUCUCAGCGCUGCUCACCGCAACAUCCUCCUCACGGACUGUCUCAUUCCUACAAAUUCUCCGAGCGUUCCUAUUCCGUGCAUCAAAAGCCUCCCCCUCUCUCGGAGACCUCCGUAACGUCCUCGGUGACAUCUUUGAAGCCUACAUUUACGAAGAGCAAAUACUCGCCCUGGCGAACCGCCUCCUGGAAAAAGACUUAUUCGUGCACGUCGACGAAGCCGCAACGCUCCGCCAAAAAGGCUGGCGCCCAGCAAAUCAAACCUGCGAAGCCUGCAACAAGAAGCUCUGGGGCCCUGGUGCCGCUGGCGGUAUAUACAGUGCGUGGGAAAAAGCGAGACUAAGAAGCGCGCAGCGACUCGAAAGCAUACGGGAGGAGCGAAAACUAGCUUCCGAAGGACCCUUAUCUGCCAUCGCGAGGGGGAAAAGCCGCGCGCGGGUGACAACCGAUCUGCCGGAGGAAACAGGAGAGGCUAGCGGUGCUGGCAAUACCGAGGAGGAAGAAGCAGGGGAGUUGGUAGUUUUCCACUGCAGGCACAUCUUCCAUCGGAAGUGUUUGGAUAACUUACUCGCUGAAAAUGGCCCUAGCGACGAGUGGGCCUUCAAGUGUAUUGUUUGCAAGCACAAUGGGUAUUGAGGGGCUCACUAGCUUUCUUCUCUGUCUUUCUUGGUUCAUAUUUUUGUUUUACUUUGUAUGUGAUGGGAUAUCAUGGUAAUUACGCUGAUUCUUUCUACUUUUUUUAUCGCCGCCCUGCCCCCACAUCCAGGUGCCGUUCGCAUCGCCUCGGGGAAGUAUGAGGUAUGAGGUAUGAGGUUGUGGUUGUGGUUGGGUAGCUGUAUACUGUAAUCUGUUCCAAUGCCGCAUCAGCCUAACGUGCUGUGGCCUGAUGGUUGGUGUAAUAUAAGUUCUCAAGUUUUGUGGCGGCGUAGCUCUGGCGGCGCUUGUGCGGUGCGCUAUGAACUCGCUCUGAAAAUAGAAGG